AUGUCCAACACUCCUCCAAACAGCGCUUUUCGCUUCGCCAUUGUUUGUGCCCUGUCACUCGAAUACGAUGCCGUGCACGAUAGCCUCGACGAAACAUGGAGCGAGCCUACAUCAACAGGAGGUGCAGGCGACCCCAACCGCUAUACUACCGGACGGAUGGGCAAAGUCCCCGUCGUCCUCCUCCUCCUAGAUGGGAUGGGGGGAGUGAGCGCUGCCAGGGCCGGGGCGACCAUGCAUUCCACAUUUCCCAACCUGCAGUUUGGUCUGCUCGUGGGCAUCUGCGGCGCAGUGCCAAAAUACGGAAAUACCGAGGUCCUGCUCGGAGACAUCGUCGUUUCCAAAUACGUGGUUCAGUGUGACUUUGGGCGGCAAUACCCCGACGGGUACAGACCGAAGAAAACAAUUCUAGAUACUCUAGGCAGGCCAUCGAGGGAAGUUCGCAGCCUCAACGCCCUGUUGGAGACUCGGCAUCUUCGCAAGAAGUUGAAAGCAUACACCGCGACAUGCCUGUCGCAACUGCAGCAAAGUCUCGCCUCCACAGAAGACGACGGGCUGUAUGACUAUGUAGGAAAGGAGCAUGACAAACUCUUCGAAUCAACAUAUCGACAUAAGCAUCACGGCUCUAGAAAGUGUGACAUUUGCGCACGGUGUCUCGGUCAAUUAGAUCCAGUUUGUGACAAAGCUCUGACAUCGACCUGCUCAGACCUCAAGUGCAGUAGGCGGUAUCUUGUCGCGCGACAUCGCCUGCGACCUCAAGACAGGGCAGACCAGGAACAAAGCACUAUUGCAUCUUCACCAAUAAUGCAUGUGGGAGGAAUGGCAUCGGCCAACACAGUAAUGAAGUCGGCUCAACAUCGCGAUCUGAUCGCUGAGAGAGAGAACACCAUCGGGUUUGAGAUGGAGGGGGCCGGGCUCUGGGAUCUUUUCCCCUCAUGUCUGAUUGUCAAGGGAGUUUGCGACUAUGCAGAUGCACACAAGAACAAAGACUGGCAGCAAUACGCUGCGGCAGUCGCAGCUUCAGCGACAAAGGCGAUUUUGCAAGGCUUCUUCGAAGAGGCCGUGGCGCCUCAAAGUAAAUCCGUUAUCCAUUUCAUUCCGUUUCGCGAAAAUCCCAACUUCACAGGCCGUGGGGCCAUAAUAGAUGAGCUUCACAAGCGCUUAUUUAUCGAUGGCCAGAACACAGUCGCUUUGGUCGGCCUUGGGGGUAUUGGGAAAACCCAAAUCGCCCUACAGUUUGCUCAUCAGACAACGCAAAAGGUCGAAAGCACUUCGGUGUUGUGGUUACCUGCUUUCAGCAUGGCAGGCUACGAACAAGCGUGCUCAGUACUUAUCGCGAGGCUCAAAAUCUCACACGGAGCAACAGACGACGCCAAAGAUACGCUCAAAACUUACCUUGAGUCAGAACAGGCUGGAAAGUGGCUCUUCAUUCUCGACAACGCCGACGAUGAGACCGUCACUUACGGCGCUGCAAGCCUUCAAAACGGCAUUCGCAGCUUCCUGCCACAGAACUCGAACGGCAAGAUCCUUGUGACGACUCGCAAGCGAGAAAUUGCCGUUCGCCUUGCGGGGAAUCAGGUCAUUGAAUUACCCAAAAUGUCCUUUAGGGAAGCGCGGGAUUUGUUGCAGCAACUAUUGAUCGACCCAAACAAGGCGCGAGACGAACAAUUAAGGAAAUUGUUCAAAGUGCUGUGCUACCACCCUCUCGCCAUUGCACAGGCAGCAAAUUAUUUCAACAUGAAUCGGACUUCUAUUGCCCGGUAUCUAAGCGAUUAUCAAGAAUCGGAAGAGGGCAUGAUGGAACUGCUCGGCAGCGGCUUUGACGAUGACACGCACCACAACAAGAGCCAGAGCGCUGUGGCGACCACAUGGCUCGUGUCGUUUAAGCAAAUAAAGGAAAAUCACCCCGCUGCUGAAAGGCUGUUGUCAUUCAUCUCGUGGAUUGAGCCAAAGGCUAUUCCACGCUCUAUUCUUCCAGAUAUGGGGACCGAACAGGCCAAGACACAAGUCAUUGGCACGCUUGAGGGCUACGGGUUUCUUUCUACUCGGCAAGACGGUGACAUGCUCGACAUGCAUCCUUUAGUCCACACAAUUGUACAGCGACAAGUGCGCAGCCAAGGCAUAAGCAAGCUCGAGAGAGACACAAUAUUCUGGCACCUUUAUGCUGUGUUCCCAGACGGCGAAUGGCGAAAUCGUUACUUGUGGCAACAGUAUCUGCCACACACUUUGCAAGCAUAUCAAAACCUGAAAGAAGACGAACCAGGUUGGAGCACCAAGCUCGGGUACAAGAUCGCUUGCUGUCUAUAUGAUGAAGCACGAUACCCUGAGGCAAUAGCGAUACUUGAACGCUCUGUCAUUGUCCAAAGAUGUCUCAAGGAAGAUGAUUAUCUAAAGUGUAUAUCGCAAGAUAAGCUUGCAGAAAUAUACAUACGCUGUGAGCAGAUUGAUAAGGCCAUCAGUCUUCUAGAAUAUGUCAUUUCCAACCAAUCCAGGUCUCUUCCUACAGACCACCGUGAGCAUCUUGGAUCUCAGGAUCGACUUGCGGAUGCUUAUACUUUCAAAAAGCAACCUGCUGCGGCUAUUAGCAUUCUAGAGUAUACUACGGCUAUCCGAUUUGGGUCCCUUCCUGAGGAUGAUCUUAACCUUCUUGCAGCACAAAAUCGACUUGCAAAAGCUUAUCUUCAGGAUAUGCAGACGGAUAAGGCCAUUAGCAUACUGGAGCGUAUUAAAGAUAUUCAAGCCAAAUGCCUCCCUCAAGACCACUAUUGGCGACUUGCGACGCACCGUCAACUUGGAAAUGCAUACGUUGCAGUUGGCCGACUUGAAGAGGGUAUUGAGCUCCUUGAGCUUGCUGUAAAUAUGAUGUCGCAUUGUCUUCCAGAGGACCACAGUGAUCGACUUUGCUCAGAAUUUGAUCUUGCAAUAGCGUAUAGUAAAACUGACGAUGAUCGAGCUAAAGAGGCUAUCAAGAUUUUGGAACGUGUUGUGGCUGUCGGGUCACAUUGUUUUGCAGAGGACGACGCCGAUUUACGUGCAUUUCAACGUCACCUUGCAAGACAAUAUGGUAUUCACGGCCGAUUUGAAGAGGCAAUCGAAAUCAUGGAGCAUGUUGUGGCUAUUGAAUCAUAUGGUCUUGCAGAGAAUGAUGACCGCCGGCUUGGAUCACGAGAAUUGCUUUCUUGGUUGCGAGAAGGCCAUCAAUCUCGGGAACGUGAGUUAAGAGAUUACAUUCGUGGCUCUCCGGUACGCCCUCUGAUCCGAGCCUUCCAGCAUCAACGGCUCUCUGAUGAUGACUGGCCAGCGAGAGGUUAA